GAAAAUAAUUUAAGAAAAACAACACAAAAAGGCAAGAAAAAAACCAAAAAGUGUUAAUAUAAUAAAAACGCGCGUAUUUUUACAAAAUUUUAUUAAUUUAACAAUAUUCUAAGUGCUUAAAUUUUAUCACAACAACAGCAUUAACUAUUUUACAAGUGAAGUUAAUAGAAAAUAUCCUUAAAAAAAAGUCAAGAAGUGUUUGAUGCUAGUGAAAAAAUUUUAUCAAAGUGAAUUUUUUUUUCUUUUCGUUCUACCUUACGGGAGGUUCUUGUACACGAGCAAAUUUAUUUUUGCUGAGAUUUUUCUAAUGCCGCAAAUAUAAGUUUUGCAAGUUUUAACUAUAAUAAAAAGAAAAUUAAAUUUAUUUCUUAUUCUUAGAAAAAUAUUAAGAAAAACAAAAAACACUGACGUGAUUUAAAGAUUUGAACAAAAAAUUAUGGCUUCUGUUAAAGCAACAGAAGAGUUUGAUGUUGAUUUGUUUGAAACUCGAUUGGAAUCUCUCAAAGAUACCCAAGAAGGCAUACAGCAAAUGUCAACAUGGUGUUUGGCACAACGUGGUCAUCAUAAGAAAAUUGUAGCUUCUUGGUUGAACGUUUUCAAACGGGUACGCGUUGAACAUCGUCUGGUGUUAUUUUAUUUAGCAAACGAUGUCAUACAAUAUAGUAAAAGAAAACGUUAUGAAUUUGUUGAAAGUUGGGCAACAGCAUUACAAAAAGCCACAACAAUGGUCAGAGAUGAAAAAGUCAAAAAUAAAAUUCUACGCAUCUUUAGCAUUUGGGAACAACGUGAGAUCUAUAAUGAAGAAUUUCUAACAGAUCUAUGUGGUCUUUUAAAUAUAGCACCACCAAAAAAAUCCCACACACCCACUGUAGAUUCUGAUGAUUUUCAAAAUGCCAAUCUAAUAGCUAGCAUACGAGAGUGUGUUGAAUUAGGGGAGGCCACCGAUAAAAGUUUUAAAAAAUUGCCAAAAACACCAAAUUGUGAUAUAGAAAGUAUUAAGCAACAAUUAAAAGAUAAAACAAAUUCAGAUGAUGUUGAAAAGGAAAUCGAACGUUAUGUUACAUAUAUUGGGGCUUUUACAAAGAAUCUACAGGCGGAAAUAAAAUGUCGUAAGACGGUGGUGAAUAAUGUAGAUACGGCGAUAAAAUUCUAUGCCAAUCAAAGAGGAGAAGUUAAAGUUGUAGUUAGUGCUUAUAAGAAUUUUGGCAGCCGCAUAAAGUUAGUGAAAAAGAAGUUAGAUGAAAUUGCUCCUACUUUACCUAGUCCUAUACCUUCACCGGAUAUAAAUGCACCAUCACCGGAACCAGACACCGAUUUGCAAUUACCAGAUGAACAAUCGCCUCUUACAAUGAAUUUUUUGAAAAGUAGUUUCAAUGGCUAUUCCAGUUACAUGGACGGUAAUUUACCUUUUGAUAUCAAUGAUUUUAAACGUGAUGAAAAUGCUAAAUCUUCAAGUCAACCUAUAGAAGUAAUUGGUUCUAGAUCAGAUGAUGAAAGCUACAACCCAAGUGCUGACUUUUAUAAACCUGAAUCAAUAAGUGCCUAUCCGAGCACUAAUAGCAUGUCUAUACCGGGUUUGGCACCAAUGCCGGUACCCUCAGUGCCAACAGGAGGUUAUACCUCACUGGCAAGAUCUUCUCAUCAAUAUGGAGAUAUUUUACCACCUCCCCCCAAUCCACCUAUGUUUGGUGGUCCCACAAAUUCUCUUACCAAUAAUCUACAUCAUAAUUUGAACUCUGGCUAUAGUGGCCAUAAUCCCAGGACAUAUAAUACCGAUAACAGUUAUAAUCCAAAUGUGUACAAUCGCCGGCCGGUAAGUGCAGCCCCUGUUCAACCUUUAAUGCCUCCACCACCAAUGCCACCCACGGUGGGCUCCUUAGAUUCGACGGAGAGUAGUGAUUUCAAUUCUACCUGGGAUAUGAAUAUGUCCUGGACAAAUCCUUUGGAUAGUUCCAGUGUUUCAAAUUCAUCCUAUAGUCAUACACCAAUUGAAACACCUCAUUCACCGCCUCAUUUCGAUUCAGAUGCACACAAUUCAGAUUCAACUACACUAGAAUAUUCUGAUCAUGAUGGAACUUUAUCAUCAGCCCAAGAUGUUGAUCAUCGUCAGCUGAUUUUACCAGCUUUUGGUAUUGGUACUAAAUUAGGCUUAAGCAAAGAAAAAACCCGUCAAUUGGAUAUAGAUCAUAGAAAUCUAAUAUCAUUAACUGGUUCACCGGGAGCAAGUGAUAUUGACAAAAAGGCCUGGUAUCAGGAAACAAAUGAGCUAUCUGGUGAUGUUGAUUAUCGUACUUUUGGUCAAAAUAUUAAAACUAUUGAAACUACAACCACGAUACCGUUUUUAAAUGAUAAUUCUUCAGUAUCAUCUAAUGAUACAACAGGAAAUAUUACAUCAUCUGUCACAUCACCCCAGAAAAAUAAUAGUCCUUCAAAAGAAUCUCACAAAGAUGAUUCUUAUUUAGAGAAUACAGACGGAGGUAUGGCUGGUUAUGAUCCAACAGAUAUGGUUGUUGAUAUGGACAUGUCUGAUGAUGAUCUUGAUGAUAUCUUUAGAGAAGUAAAUGAACAAAAUGAAGAAAACAAUGCUGAACUACAAACCACAAAUGAGGAAGAUAAUGUAACACAACAAAUAGAUAAAACCGAAGGUCAACAACAGCCACCUAUACAGAGGCCACCUCUACUAGAGACUCCAACAGAAUAUGAACAUCAAAAUAGUUGGGAUUCUGCAACGUCAAUGGGACAAAUGUCUGAACAAGAUUGGAGUCAAAUGCCACCUAUGCCGUGGCAAAAUAAUAAUCGUAUGGCUGGUGGUGGUGGAGGAGGAGGAGGCGUACCGCCACCUCCACCCAGACCACCCUAUCCCAUGCAGUUCUAUGGCUCGGGUCCGGCUAAUGAUAAUGGUUCUUUUAGGCCUCCAAAUGGUAAUAUGAUGACAGAACGUGGUGGCUUUGGUGGACGUGGUGGUGGCCGCGGUUGGAUGAAUUCACCACAAAAUCAAUUUCGUAAUUUCCCUAGACCUCCCAGAGGAGGAGGAGGAGGAGGUGGCGGAGGUGGUUCGCCCUAUUUUAAUCGUGGUGGUGGACGUGGCGGCGGAGGUGGCCCUGGUGGCAUGCGUGGUGGUUCCGGUUUUCGUGGUAAAUUUCGUGGAAAAAAUUCUUGGAUUUAAAAAUUCCACAGUAAUAAACGUUAAAAGUUAGUUUUAAAUGUUCUUUAGAUAUUUUAAAAUCUUAACAAAUGAGUUGUUAAAAUAAAAACCAAACAGAAAAUAUAUUUAAAACUGAAUUCAACUGUAAAUAUUAAAAAUAACAGAAAUCUAUUUUAAACGGAAAAGUUUAACAUUAAAAAAA